CGAUAGCGCCCCGGUACGAUGGAGCUUCCAAGCGAAGCUGCGAUUCCGUGCCGUAUUGAUCUUGAGAGACAUAAAUAAGCCAAGAGAUGAUCAGCAGUCAGCAGCUUAAUAUCAGCCGGAGCCCGACAGAUACGACUGACAGCUCUGGAAACUAGCCUCCAGUAAAUUGGAAUACUGGUUUAUUUCCUAUAAUCUGAACUGAUUCUGGAUUUUCCUGGCGGAAAUUUGAUGGAAAAACUAUCCACAAUAAUCUAAUCUCAAACACAAUUUUAGUCCUCCUUUCCAUAUUUUAGUUGACAGUGAUAAAUUCCCUGUUGUAUCUACGUGAACACCAAGGGAGAAAUUCAAUAAAACGUCUGAAAUUGAAUCCACCGAUACUGGCAAAGAAAUCAUUGCGCAUCCAAUAGACGUGUCCUGCAUUCUUAGUGUUUUUAUUUUGACAAGUAUGCAGUUUUCGUGAGGAUACCAUUACUUCUCUUGGAAAUUUGAUUAGCUUGAAAAGUCAUGGAAUCAAACUUGACCAACCUGACCAAUCACAUUAAAGAUCAAUGUGAGAACCAGACCGGACUCUACGCCUACGCAUGCUUCUACUACGGCGUCCAUGACUACCUAAGCGUGAUUCUCUGUUGUUUCGGAAUUCCCGCCAAUAUUGUCAACAUCAUUAUCCUGACCCGGAAGUCGAUGAGGACCCCAAUCAAUAUCAUCCUGACAGGAAUCGCUGUAUCGGACAUGCUUACAAUGCUAUCGUAUCUUGUUUAUGCCAUUCACUUCCGGAUUGUUUACGGAAUAAACGACGAGCAUGGAAAGUAUACAUAUGGAUGGAGUAUGUUCUUGGCGUUUCACAUUUGCCUGACUCUCACCACCUACACGAUUUCUAUCUGGCUGGGUGUGUGCAUGUCUGUGGUCAGGUACAUGUACAUCUCCACCUUGGGGAACCGGCCACCGGGGACAGACGACAGGCGCUCGUGCAUUCUCGUUGUCGUCGUGUUUCUACUGUCCAUUAUAGCCUACACCCCACAGUACGCCUUCAUGUCAGUCCACCCAGUGAGUCCGAACUCGACCGAGGUAUAUCGAAUAAAGAGCAUCGACAUCCGAUCGAAGGAUCGCUCGCCUCUAGAAACUGCUUUUGUUUGGAUAUUUAUAGUUGUUGGGAAAUGGAUUCCAAGUAUUUUGAUAAUUGUUUUUGGAAUCCUUCUGGUAUGCACUUUGCAUAAAAGCAAGAAAAGAACUGAAAAAUUAAAAGGCGCUCAAACGAAAGCGAGGCUCAAGCAGCAUACGCGAACAACAGUUAUGCUUCUAGUUAUUAUUCUUAUGUACAUUAUUUCCGAACUUCCUCAGACGGUUGUAUUAGUUGAAGGUGUGGCUAGUGACGACUUCCUGAACUAUAUAUUGCUAGGAGACACCAUCGACAUGGUCUGUUUGAUCAACAACUCAGUGAAUAUCAUCCUAUACUGUGCGAUGAGUAAACAAUUUCGGGAUAUGCUGUGGGCAAGUUUAUGCUGUAUAUUUCAUAUUUCUGACCCUAAGAAAUACAGAUCCGUGCAGACGACUAUCACUAACGCUAGUCCGUGAGAUCAGCUGAUCAACGAAUCUAAAAUAAUACGCUCACAGGAGCCUGUAGCGAAUUGUUGCGUGUCGUUAAUCCGAGUCAACCCAGUGGCGCGUAUCUAUUACAGUAUUGCCUAGACAUGUAUCCAACGUAGAGUUAUAUGGUGAAAAGUUAUGUGUUUGUAAAUCUAGCAAAUGUGGUUUUAUUGUUUGUGUAUUAAGAUGACAACUAAGACUUUAUUGUUAAGAAUACAAUAAACAUAAAGUAUAUGACCAUAUAUCGAUA